AUAUCUCAACUGUUAUCACAUCGCAACACAACGAUGAGGUUUGUCUCAAGUAUCCUAUCGCUCUCCAUCCUGUCUCAAAGUGUUUCCGCGCACUAUAUAUGGACGACCCUCAUCGCAGGGAGCACCACGUCUACUGGCGCAGUCCGUCUGCCACAGAACAACUCCCCGGUCACGGACGUUGAGUCAACGGACAUCACCUGUAACGUCAAUCCUUCUCCCGCGACUGAAACGGUCUCUGUUGCUGCGGGAAGCACCAUUGGGUUUAUACUGGAUAAUACCAUCUAUCACCAGGGCCCGGCAGCGAUUUAUCUAGGUAAAGCUCCUUCUACGGCCGCAAGCUGGGAUGGAUCUGGCGCAAAUUGGUUCAAGAUUGCAGAAUGGGGCGCGACAUUCGACCCGUUCGCUUUCACGGACUAUGGCCUUAGUCAGUUAACUACGACUCUUCCCUCAGACAUCCCUGCUGGUGAAUAUCUUGUCCGGAUUGAACAGAUUGGGUUGCAUGUCGUGGGUGCGCCUCAAUGGUACAUCUCUUGUGCCCAAAUCUCCGUUACUGGAGGAGGGUCCGCGAGUCCGUCGAAGGUGGCGAUACCAGGUUAUGUUUCCCCGGAUGAUCCGGGCCUUACCGUCAAUAUCUACUACCCUGUACCUACGGCAUACACAGUCCCUGGCCCAGCUGUUUUCACUGGAUAACUGAAUUUCUUAUACCAGAAAUUGUGUUCUCCCUCCUGUAAAAAUCAAUGUUUGCUUAUAACAAUACGUAUGGUACAUAUGGGACUUAUCUCGAAGUUUGAACCAGUGACGGUGCUAAUGAACUACGUCUCACUCAUUUCCGUCUUGGAAAUAUUGCCUAUUCUCGGGAGGUCCAAAAUGAAAAAGUAACCGUUUAUAUGGCCGUGUGGCGUAAUGGCAACGCGUCUGACUACGAAUCAGGAGAUUGCGGGUUCGACCCCUGUCUCCGUCAUGAUUAAUUAGAGCUUCAAAUAUAUAGAUGUUUUUGUUACCAU